AUGUCCUCCGUGGUUGAAGAUCCCUCUGAGCCAGACAGCCUGGAAGAGGCUGCUUUGGACGUGCUUCACCUCCUCCCAAAGGGAAGGGCGGCCGUCCUGGGCGCAGAGGAGAUCACGUACAACGGCCACAUCAAACCGGAGGCCGGCGUCUGCUGGGUGUCCUUUCCCGGGAAGUUCAAGUCCGGCUGGGAUGCCCUCGUGGCCGAAAAACAUGGAGACAGCGUGGCCUGCGUGUUCCUGUGCCAGGCCGCCGAUGGGCUGGGGCAGCACGAGAAGGAUCCGGAGAGCAAGGAUGGCCGUUGCUUCUGCUCACGUAUCUACGGAGAACGCGACUACAAGACCUUUGGAUACCUGCACGACAUCAAGAAGCCCCGUUCAAAGUGCACGGAGAAAGAAAUCGACAUGAUUUACCAGAAGGCCACAGCCAUGAAUGCCGCAGUGGUCUUUGCAGAUGACAGCCCAGAUGUGAAAGAGCAGCGGAAGCAAGUGGCUCAACAGCUCUGGGCAGACAGCAACAAGACUGCGGCAUGGGGAUGCCGUUGGUACGCUGUCUGGCUUGAGCGCGUUGAGGAAGCUGUGCGCCUAAAGCAGCGGUUGAAGGUCGUGUUCUUUCCCAACGAGGUGGAGAAGGGCUUGGUGCAGAUGAAAGAUUUGCCGUUGCUGUCUUCAAAUCUCUGGGAUGGAAAGGGCUGCGGCGGGUCGCAAAAGUGUGAGAUAGCCACACUGAAGGCCAAGGGCUGGGACUACGAGGGCGUUGAUGUGAGUAGCUUCCUGAAAGCGCAGUUCAACAAGGGCGACAUGGUUGAGGCUCUGGAUGGCGCUUACUGGCGCAAGGGCCCCAUCCUUGAGGUGAACGUGGAAGAAGUCAGGUGGAGAGUGAGAUGCAACUUUUCCAGCAAGGAGUUCUGGACUGACCACGUGAGACCCAGCGAAGCUGAUGAUCUUCUGAAAGCCAUCGGAGGGAGCACUCGAGAGCUGGAAGACGCUCUGCAAGCCUUCGACUUGAAAGUUGUGUGCUGCCGGGAGGCCCGGCUGCGAGAUGGCAAGGCCUCUGUGGGCAUGAAAGUCGAGAUCAACUCCAUCAAGCAGGUGCACAAGCUGAGGGACAGCGUUCUCAGUGGAGAUCUAGACAGGUGCUUAAACGCCGCAAUUGCCAAGAUGGACCCAAGUUGCCAAGAGCUAGUGGUGGAGAAGCGGGAGUUCUUCGACUUCUAUGAGAGCACGAUCCUGAGCUUCACGGAAUUUACGCCGCACCAGUUGGAGAAGCUCAAAGAGAUGGAGUCCGCGAAUACCGACCUGCAUCUGCAAGCCCCAGCCGGUGCUGGCAAGACAUUUGUUGCGGUUCAAUACAUGAGUCGGAUGAUGCGGGUAUCUCCAACGUCCACUCUUUGCUACGUUGCGCCCAACCGAGCCCUGGUUUUUUUCGUGCUGCGAUGGCUAGUCCUGUUGGCGCCCUCCAAGAUGUCCAGCAUCUUGAGCAAGAUCACGGUCAUGCAUGCACCUUAUAAAGGCUUCUGGUACCCCAUCGUUGACGGCCCUCGCAUCUCUCUGAAACCUGUGAAGAAGCCUGAGAUGUCCCUGCUGGUCAUUGAUGAGGCACACAAGGUCAGUGCUGAGCAAGCUUCAGUUUGGAAGCUCCCCGCGAAGCAGCGCCUAGUCCUGUCCGACCUAUCUCAGUCGAGGAAGCUUCAUCACCUCUUCCCGGACAUACACAGGGUGCAACUGAGUGAAGUAAUACGAGGCAGCCAAAGAAUCACUGCGGCUGCCCGAACCUUCCAGCUGUCAGAGGCAGCGCGUUCCGUAGCUGCGGUAGGCACGGAUGGCCCGCCGGUAAAAACAUAUAUUUUCGAAGCUGGUAAGGGCACAGACCCACUGGAUGAGUACAUCUCACACACCAUCAAAGCGCUGUGGUAUGUUGUGGAGACGCUACCGUCAGGAUUAAGCCUUCACGGCCGCGUGGCGCUGCUGGUGCCAGAUGAAAGCUUCCGAAGAAAGCUUGAGGCGCCACUUCAAAAGCGGUUGGAAGAGGAGUUCAGCCCAAGGAACAUUCGCCUGAAGUCUUUCCAAGAUUUUUGGGAGCUGCUGCCUGCGCACCUGGUGCCAUCGACCAACGUCGAAGGCUCACAAGAGUUCAUCAUCCUGGAUUCCCGUGAGAAUUCCAUUGGAUUGGAGCACCUGGUCGUGAUCUGCGUGGGUAUGGAUGAAGUGGUCGGAGCUACCGACCAAGAGACGCGAGCGAGGCUGUACGUUGGCAUCACCCGGGCGCAGCUCCUGGCCAUAGUUGUGAACGAAUUUCUGCCAGGCAGCUGGCUUGAGUUUGUGACGACCCUGCGGCUGAACAAGCGCUUCCAGAAGCGCCUGGCGUCUGCAGAGGUCCGCAAGCGCGCGGCCACGGAAGUCGCUGUCUUGCCUGCGGCAGCCCCACAGCUUGCUGCCAAGGAGCAGUGCUUGCGCGGCACAUGCGUCUGGGACACCGACGAGAACACGAUCAGGACCAAGACGACGAAGCUCCUCUUCGACCCGCAGCUUUGCGUUGUCGGCUCCUCACCGUCAGCCAAGGCACAGGCGAAGUCUUUAGUUCUGGCCUCAGGCGAUGUGUGGGCACUGGACUUGAAGGCAGCAGCUGAGAGAGGGCUCGCCAGUAGGUCAUGGAGUGGAAGCAACUCCGGCCCACAGGAUGGGCUCCAAGCGCGAGACGUGAUCACUCAGCGAUCUACGAUCCCGAGAGCCGCGUCAAAUGCUUACGUUCUGGCCUCAGGCGAUGUGUGGGCACUGGACUUGAAGGCAGUCAUGGAGUGGAAGCAACUCCUGUGGGCUCCAAGCGAGAGAAGUGAGCACUCAGCGAUCUACGAUCUCGAGAGCCACUCCAUGGUGAUAUUUGGCGGUUCCGACGGUCCGACCUCUCAGCUUGCUGAUUGGAGAGCUGACAGCUUUUCAGUUUUGGAGGCGCUUGGUGAUUGUGGCGCUGUGUGGGCACUGGACUUGAAGGCAGCAGCUGAAAGAGGGCUCGCCAGUAGGUAUGACAUUGCGCAAUUCCUAGGUCAUGGAGUGGAAGGAACUCCAGCCCACAGGAAGGGCUCCAGGCAGCUCUGCGUUGUCGGCUCCUCACCGUCAGCCAAGGCAAAGACAGAUUCUCAAGUUCUGGCCUCAGGCGAUGUGUGGGCACUGGACUUGAAGGCAGACGUGAUGCCACGAUUCCCGGAUGUCCAGACCAGCAAAGGUCAUGAAGUGGAAGCAACUCCAGCCAAAAGGAACGUCUCCAAGCGCGAGACAUCUGCACUCAGCGAUCUACGAGAGCUGACAGUUUUUCAGUUCUCGAGGCGAUGUCUGGGCACUGGACCUCAAGGCAGCAACAGGGCGAGGGCAGCAGAUGUUGGUGGUCAUGGAGUGGAAGCAAUUCCAGCCAAAAGGACAGCUGACAGCUUUUCAGUUUUGGAGGCGCUUUGUGAUUGUGACCGCUUGCCAGCGUGCCUUUGCGGCUCGAGGCGAUGUGUGGGCAUUGGAGCUGGAGGCAUCUUUUUUGUUGCUUGGGGGAUAA